ACAAAAAAAAAAAAACAAGGAAACACCCAAAAACAUCCCCCGCCUUGCGUUUGAUACGAAGCGCCCUAGAUGGUGAUGAACACAAGCUUUGAUGGGACGGAGAAGGCCGGUUCGGAGUCCGGCGGUGACGACCGCACGAGCGGCGGUGGCGGCGAUGGGCAAGGGCAAGGGACGUUGAAGAAAGGGCCGUGGUCGGCCGGGGAGGACGCGGUGCUGAUCGAAUACGUGAAGGAGCACGGCGAGGGCAACUGGAAUGCCAUCAGGAGGAAGACCGGGUUGAUGCGGUGUGGGAAGAGCUGCAGGCUGAGAUGGGCAAACCACCUGAGGCCGAACCUCAAGAAGGGCGCCUUCUCGCCCGAGGAAGAGGCCAAGAUCAUUCAGCUUCAUGCUCGGCUCGGCAACAAGUGGGCUCGCAUGGCCGCUCAGCUGCCUGGAAGGACCGACAAUGAGAUCAAGAACUUCUGGAACACAAGAAUGAAGAGACGUCAGAGAGCAAACGAGCCUCUCUAUCCUCAGCAAGUUCAACCGGAAGCCACCGUCGCCUAUGACAUUAAUCUCCAGCUGCCGCAGCCCGGCUCUACUUCCUCUCUCCAAUCUCUACUUGCCCCACCACAACAGCAGCCGACUCUCUCUCCCAAUGCUUAUCGCUCACCUGAUCCUUUCUCAUACCCGAAACCCUACCACCACCCUGAGAACAUCAUCAACGGCAUCUUCACCCCACCCUCGGCCGUUCCUACUCAUUCUAUAUUGUCGCCACCGCUGGGUGAGUGUGGCUACCCGAUAGUGCCGUUCCUAUUCGAUCUGGGGGCUUCCGACCUGAACCUCAACCUUGACGCAUUCAACAUCGGAGUUGCUCCAGUCGAGCUCAAGCCCAUCAUCACCGACAGGCUGAGAGAGAACGGCAUGGCGGCAGUGGGGACGCCGGGGGCAACGGCCUCAAGCAACUCUUCCGUGACGGGUGGCGAUUACAUGAUGAGAGCUUCUGCCAGCGGUGCCGCCUCCGGCUGCUGCUCGAACAAUUUCGAGGCCACGCCUACGUCGGCUUUUUCGAUGGGAGCGCCAAACAACAGUGCUUUACUGGACGCGCUCUUCGAGGAAGCUAGAGUUGCGUCGUCGUCGCAGAAAGUGCAGGGAAGUAUGGUGGGUGGAAUGAACGUGGGAAGAGCUGAGAGAGGAAGCCAUCAGGGCAUGGAGGCCAACCAGCAGUGGGAGAACUUUUGCUCCGCUCCGUCAUCUCUCAAUGGAAUGAUAAGACCUUUGGAAGAGGUCGACGACGAUCUCUCAAGUCUUCUCAUGAACUUCCCCUCGUCUGCAAUCUCGGAGCCUGACUGGUUCCGGAGCCCCUACUUAACCCCGCAGCUGCCUGGCCCGGACAACGGCUGCAUCCUGAUUGAUGGCUCGAGAGGCCCGCCGCCAUUGCCCUCUCAAGUUUCAACUAUGGCGGCCGCUGAACUGGAAUUGAACUUGUGCACGCCAUGUUGGAACAACAUGCCCGGCAUCUGUUGACAACCAAGGUGGACUCGAAAGCAAAUCAAACCUGAUACUACUAUAGUAUUAUAGUGCUCCAUGGAGGGCCUCAUGGGGAGUUAACAAGUGGCCCAUUUGAUGGUUGCCACCUCACUUCCCUUAGCCUU